AUAAUGUUAUUUCAAAACUAGAAUAAUAACAAUAAUAAACCAGCAAUUCAUCCUAGAUUUUAUCCAGGUAAUCCUGCAUUAAAUAAAAAUGCUGAUGGACUACUUUGUUCUAUUAAUACAACAUAAAAUAAUAUUUAAAUCUCUCGAGCUGAAACAAGAGUAGAGUAUUAUCGAAAUUAAAAAUAACCAUCUUAAUAAAUGGGUUAAGGUGGAUUUUAAUAAUAAAAUACAUAAGGAAGUUUAUUCGGAGGUGUAUAAUAACCAUAAUAAUAAUAAUAAUCAACAUUAUUUGGUUAGUAAAAUACAGCAUAACCAUCAUUAUUUGGAUAAUAAUAAACAGGAUUAGGAUUAGGAACAGGAUUAGGAGGAGGAUUAAGUACAGGAUUAGGAGGAGGAUUAGGAACAGGAUUAGGAUAAUAAUAAUAAACACAAUAAAAUUAAACAGGAUUAGGUUUAGGUACAUCAGCAACUCCUUUUGGAGGUGGUUUAGGAACUGGAUUAGGAGGAACUGGAUUAGGAGGAACAGGAUUAGGAGGAACAGGAUUAGGCACUGGAUUAAGUACUGGUUUAGGUACAGGAUUAACUGGAGGAUUAGGAACAUUAGGAGGAGGUUUAACAGGUGGAUUAGGAUAGAAUACAUAAACAUAAUAAACAGGACUAGGAUUAGGAUUUGGAUUAGGAUAAUAAUAAUAAACAACAGGAUUAUUAGGAUUAGGAACUAAUUAAUAAUAAUAAUAAUAAUAAGGAUUAUUAGGAGCAGCACCUUAAUAAGGAGGAUUAUUAUUAUAAUAAUAACCAAUACAAUAAUAAUAAACUUAAGGAUUAUUUAAUUAAUAAUAAUAAGGUUUAAUUUAAUCAAAUUGGACUACUAAUCCAGCUGGAGGAUUUAAUUAAAAUCCUUUAAAUUAAUAAACUUAAUAUAAUCCAGCUUAUCCUAUGUAUUAAUAAUAAUAAGUUGAUUUGAAUGUCGAUUUUGAUAUUAAAAAUGAAUAAGAACAUUUAAGAGAAAUUGAAGAUGAAUUUAAAAUGAAAUUUCCUACAUUUAGUGAAUAUGCAUCAUAAAAUCAUGUUACUUUUAGUGUAGGAAAUGUUAAUUUAAAAUUUAAAAAUCCUUCUUUAGAAAUUAAAAUUAAAUCAAAAAAUAACUCAAAAUAAAAAGAAGAAAUUAAACCAUGGUAUAUGUCAUUAAAAUAAGAAAAGGAUUAAAAAUAAUAUAAAUAAAAAUUGAAUAAAUAAAUUUAUAAUAAAAAUAACAAAAAAGAUAUUGAUGAUUUUAAUUAAUCUAGUAUUGUUUAAAUUAAAACAGAAUAAUAAUAAGAAAUAAAUAAAAUCAAUCCUAGAGCUCCUAAAUGUAAUAAUUAUAAUUUAAGUCCAAAUAUUUAAAUGAUAUAAGAAAUGUCUGAUAACUAAUUAACAAGAAUAAGAGAUUUUAAGAUUUCAAAUUAAUAUGGUUGCAUUCAUUUUUUAGAAUCUAUUGAUUUGAAAGAUUUAAAUAUAGAUUAAAUUGUUAAAUUAAAAUAAGACAGUGUAGAAGUAUAAUAUUAAUUUAUAUUUAGUUUUAUCCUGAAGAUCAAUUUGAAUAAAUUCCUGAAUAUGGAAAAGGAUUAAAUGUUAGAUGCAGAGUUGUUCUUUAUAAUUUUGCAUGUGAAAAUAGAAAUAUGUGUGAAAUAAGAAUAAACAAUAAAAAAGAAUUUGAAAAAGUAGUAAAAAGUUGGAUGGAAAAGAACAAUAUGAAGUUCAUUUCAGCUGGAGAUGAUGUUGUAUUUGAAUUAGAUCAAUUAUGA